CGAAGCUAGUCGACGAGGCAUAGUAGGGCGAUUGCUGAGGAGCGAGGCGGGAGCCAGUGACGAGCGAGUACCUUGCUCUAGGCCACAUCCAGUCCGACUACUUUUCUAAAAGCAUGAAAGAACGAACUAACACGACUGAGCAUACGAGUUUCUAUUUUAAGGAGGUUCUGGAACAUGUAUCGCAGCAGGAGAGCGGGGACGAGAGGAGGGAGAGGCACGCGGGGCUGUCAUGGAGAUCGUUGAGUCAAAAGUACGAGCCAAUGCCCCGGCAGUAUAAAUAUCAGAGGUGUCGUAUUUCCGGGGGGUCAGAGGAUGGAAUUAGGUGUCCGGUGGUCAUUCGGUGCCCCGACUAAGGCUCACGAUUCACUCUGAAAGUCGCCUAUGGAUUAUGAGGCAACUCCCAGACGCCAGACGGACAGACGACUACCUGGACUCUGUGGGUUAGCAAACUCCUGGGAGGGAAGGAAACUUUGAGCCGACCUCUUGCCACCUGAAGGUCGGGUUCCUUUCUCGAGCCGCGGAUGCGAAUCACGCGACGGCCAGUAUGUAACUGAAAGCUCGACGGUCGGUUUGUUUAUCGGCCGGCGAUUCUGCCCUGUCGUAGACUGUGCAGUGAUCUCGCAGUCUGCGUUCGGUGGGGACGUUCCGGUCACAUCGGAAAAGGCAUGGCGUUUUGAGAGAGGGCCCGUUGGCAGACAUAGGUCGUCGAUUCUCCCACCUAACCGGAUCACUAGAUUUGGGGAUAACGGGGAUCACUGCCAUCCGAAAUAUAGGGUGGCUGGAUCACGGUCUGGAGACCUGUGUCAGAACACCUGAACAUGGGGAAUGCGCUAUGCGCCGUUCAAAAAAACGUCGCAACGUGAAGUUCGACUCUAGUGCUCAUGCUCCUGACCGUUGAGUUUGGUGCGAAAGCCGGUCAUCAUCUCACGGCGAAAUGCUGAACAGUGGUAUGAGUUGGUGGAGCUUGUAAUGCGAUGGGACGUCACGGCAGAUGUGGCCAUGACACUUAUCUCAAUCAAGAGACAAAGAUUCUUCGUUCUAUUUUUCCCCCAGCAGGAAGUCAUUACGUCCAUGACAUGGAGGAUCCCAUAAUAUAACGAUUCAGCAACGUACAACACUAACGUACUCUUCGAAGCUUGUUCUCGAGGUUAACUGAAUAAGUUAUGGUGCGAACGAUGUCGGAGCCUCUGAGGGCCUGAUUAAGAGGAAACGAACGACGGUGAAGGAAAGCUGCAAAAUUUAAUUGCACAGUGUAUUUCUAUCCAAGAGUAAUGGAUGCGGUAUAUGGUGGGCAUUGGGUAUCGGCCAUGGCCGAGGCAAAGCUACGCACGUGCAUCGGGAAGAAGAGUUAGGAGCUCGUUGCAAAUAUUUGCAGUAUCGUGCAUGUUCAAGGUUGGUACUGUGGUUUCAAUCAUUGUGUUUUGAAUUGUGUCAUCCAUUCAUGCGCUCAGCCAAAAACUAUAUUUUCGACGUUACAGUAGAACGUCCUCCGAAACCACCUCUCUUCCUCAGUGCAGCUCAACGUUACUGUAUACAAGAUUUGUGGAUCAUACAGCCAUUCCAGCAACUCCUCGCACGUCACUCUCGACUUUCGGCGAUGACGACUCCAAAUUACGUUGCAGCAGCUUUACGGAGAUCUGCUCUGGGCUUUGACGGGUGACGCGUGGAUUCGCCCCUUCAACCGUCUCCGCAGUCUAACUGAGAGGAACAAGGUUCCCGCACCCCUCGUCCAUGGGGAUAUCCUCCACCAGGGCUCGUUACAAUCUACCUGUCACUUCCGAAGGUAUGCGACAAUGGCAGGCAGUCGGCAGAUUGGGUGCUAAAGUCGCAUUUUCUUUACAGUGUAAACUGGGUAUGUGAGUUGGCAUUGAAAUUAUGUGGCAAAUGGAGGGGGGCAUAGCAGAAAACAUGGGAAGACCUCAUCAAACCCAAAAUUGUAACUACUUUGCAGAUGAGGAUCCCAUGUCCCAUCUGAUGCUGCUCAUUUCUUCCCUUUUCAUUUUAUUUUCCAAAGUAGGUCCGCCUUGUCUUGCUUCAGCAUAGCAUGCCAUGUUUUAAUAUGCUCCUCACCCAGAGGAAUCGCAAUUUUCAUUAGAUUACAGUAAGAAUCAUUUUCUUAGCUGUAAGGAUUUGAUGUUUCAAAUUAAAGUGUGUCAAUGCCAAAAUUUAGAACCGUUCUCAUAAUCUACUCUGCCGAAGACAAUUUUUACAGGUUCUUCUUCAUGAAGGUGCCUUCACUUUGGCCCCGCUCCAAAGUUGACAAUCUUCUUAUUGUUCUAUAAGUGCAUUCUCCAAUCUUUGCAAUCUGUUGCCUCUUUUUCUCUAAUCAUUUUCAUUCUAUUAUUCACAAUGGCCCUAGAAGCUAUAUCAGGCCAUUUUCAUAACAAUGAGAUUUUAUUACACGGAACCUAAAU